AUGCUGCGGGCGGCGUCCACCGUAAAUGCCCACGUGGUCGGUGAGUCGUUCCACCAGUUUGCGCCCCAAGGCGUAACGGGCAUCUUGUCCAUCGCCGAAUCCCACAUUUCCAUUCAUACCUGGCCGGAGCACGGCUACGCGGCGGCGGACAUCUUCACCUGUGGUGACCACACCAUGGCGGAACGCGCGGCGGCCGUGAUAAUUGAAGCGCUGUGCUGUCGGGACCCGGAGAUCACCCAGAUCCGCCGUGGGCUCACGGGUGCGCACGUUGUUGAACUGCAGCAAGCCCACCACCUGAACUGA